AUUUAGUUAUUCCAAUUCAACCGUCACCUAAUCCUUGCUCCUCUUAUCAAGUCACAUAACUCCUGAUAACAUACAUAACUUGUUCCAAAUAAGCAGUUAUACAUAAAUUCAAUCCUCCUCGGCACUAUUCUAACCAAAUCCGUCUCCAUCACAAAAUAAUUCCAAGAACUAUUUGGUCUAAAGUAGGGAAUAAUAAUUUCAACAUUAUGACAACCAACGUCGAUUUCCUGGACGGAGUCCGCACCUACAAAUCUUUUCUGGGGAGUGGUUCCUUCGGAUUUGUACUGGAAGUUGAGAAAGAGGACCGAACCCCUUCCGCCAUAAAAUUCAUUUACCCAACGGAUGACGAAAAGAAAAAGGUCCAAGGCGAACGAGAGGCCUCGUUAACCCAACAACUUCCCAGGCAUGAAAAUCUGGUCACCGUUAAGAAUUCCGUGUCAAAUAAAUGUCUGAGUCCAACCCAGUUACAGCAGGUUUUCAUCCAUUGCAAACACGUGACUAGAGCUAAGUGGGAGGACCUGCCAUCCAAGUUAAGAACAUUGGGGUGGACCUGUAUCGAGAUGGAGCUCUGUGGAAGGAAUUUGUGGGAAUCGAUACGUGAUCCAGAUACAAAGUUGACAUCCAUGUCUGUCCAGCUUAAACAAGUCCAGAUUAUCCAAGGUCUAAUUUCAGGGUUGGGAUUUCUACACAGCAGACAAAUCAUACAUCGUGACUUGAAGCCUGGCAAUGUCAUGUUCAAACUGGAAUUCCAGGUCCCAAUAAAAAUAGGAGAUUUUGGCCAAUGUCGCAUCGUCCCUGGUCACGAAGACCCUACGCUCACUAAGACCAGUAUUGGAACGACGCAAUACACAGCGCCCGAAGUGCGCAGCGGAACUGGGAAAUACUCUUAUCAAUCCGACCUAUUUUCACUUGGGCUAAUUAUUUGGGAGAUCGUCGCCCUGCUAACUCCACGUGAGUGCCAAAUCCGAUUUGAUAAACUACUUAAUGAUGGAGCUGAUGACCAAGUUCGAGAUGACCAUCUCCUCAUUGGGAAGGAUGCUAAGCAACUUGUUCUAAAUUUAACUAAAAAAGCUGUCAAUGAGAGAUAUCAGAGUGUUUAUGAGGUGGAGAAAAUUAUUCAUGGCUGGAGAUCCGUGAGAAAUCCGGUCAAUUCUGCACAGAACUAUAUUACUGGACAAAAUCGUGGUAACGCUUUUGUCGAAGCAUUGCCUUUUGGACUUGCACCCUAUGUCCCACCUUCCAGAAAUCCUGUUUAUCCUUCCAGCGAAAGCGCAGAUGACCUCAUUCGCCGGAUUUAUGAAUCAAAACAAGUGCGGGACCCAAGAGUUUUGAAAAGCCCUCCCUCGCAACUGGACCGAACUAAGAGUCUAUCAGCACUUAAUGUGGCAACGGAUAGCAGAAGAUUUAACCAUGGCAUUGAAACGCCUCGAACCAAUGUAACCAAUCCAAUCCGAAAUUUCAAGCAGGAAACAAACCCACUGCCGCCAAAUUUGACGUAUCAACACGACCCACAUAACAAUAUUAACUACAUGUUCAAAAUUGACCCCAAAAAACCAGCAGGUGCCACAGAAUCUGGAUCAAAUAAUACGCCAAUGUCACUCCCCUCUUUUUCCAAACAAGUGCAACCCGAUCAAAUACAAAGAACUCAGAACGUGGUUAAGCACAAUGCAAAGCAACCCAUUAUUCCUGUCGGCGUAUUCUUCUCCUUGGACACGAUAUCUGCAGCCACAUUCGACCAACAAGCUAAAACAUUCAAGCAAAUUUACGGCCCAAAGCGCAACCUCGUCUGCUUCCAUGGAGGGCUCGUUCUGAUCUCUGAUUUUCCUCAUGACGUCCCAAGCAGCAACAUUAUCACUAUGCGAGAAAUCUUGACACACCCACACAUUGAGCAGCUUCGAAACGUCGAGACCGUUGGAGGAAUGAGGUCACUACGAGUUGAAGAAAUUCUCGCUCACGUCUUCAUCAAGUUGCACGAAGUACUGAAACGCGAACUACAAUCGUCCUUCAUCUCCUACGCCAUCUCGCAUCUUUCGUCCUUCAACAGGAAGAUGUACUAUGUCCUAAAGAAUGCGAUAGAACUUGCAGAAAUUCGCGCCAUCCUGGUGCGAGAGUCUGACGCAAUUCUUGCCCAUGCAAUUUACACAAAAAAACUAUUGUGUGAACCCACCUCGGCUGUGGUGGCAAUCGAGGAUCCUACCACGAAGGGGAGUGACGUUUCGAUUUACAAAAUUGUAGAAAAUCGACUCCAGCUCAGCAAGGUUUACGGAUUUACAACUGGAAUGAAGGAAUGCGUGAAAAACCUGCCUGCUUUAUCGCGCCCAAAGAUUUUCUUAUACUGCCUCGGUCCUCACAGUAAAGACGAAAAUAUCAGGGUUAUACGAGAAGCGACGGAUGAUCGUCAAUGGGUGGACGCAAUGAAGAUAACCGUGCCCUUGGAGGGUGCUACGUUGCUGGCAUGUUUAAAAUACGAUUCAACCUAUAGUACCAGGUGGGAUGAGGAGUUUCAGUUCGCCAAUUUAAUACAGAUUGUGAAGACAACGCCAAACCUGACGCACGCUCAGAUUGAACAUGUCGGGGAGAAUUUACCAUAUGACAGAAAGACAUAUAAACUUCUGUUUCCCAAAACUUUAAACAAUUAAGCAAUCAGCAUGCAAAUAUUAAAUAUAAAGUGUGAAAUCCAUUGUAACAAUGAUUAAGAUCAUAAUAUAACCAGCAGUAAUAAUGACAAACCAAAUUUAUAGUCUCCCAUAUGGAAGACGUACUUUUACAUUGUGGAUUUUAUUUUGCAAGCCUGAUUCUCCUACCAGGGACUAGACACAAAUUCUCUUCAAAGUUUUGCACUAAAAUGUUGGUGAUUAUGUAUGCAUGACGGAACAAGUUGAUGAGAAGGGAUAUCAGUAAAUGCGUUUAUUUUAUUAAUUUUGCUUUAAAAUUCUCAAUAUUUAGGAUGAAAAAGGCAUCCCCUUUUUAAAACGCCUAGAAUGUACAUCUGACAUAUAUCCCAGGAAGAUGUUCACUUAAGGCUAUUCCGUCCCUUUGCCCAACUAGACGAAUAAAUCCUUCUUCAAGGUUUGCUGAUCGUUAAAUUCAUCGUAAUUUAGAUUAGUUCCAGGUGCUACAUAAAAUAAUUCAGGAAUU